UCUAAUCAGAGCAUAUUGGCAUCUGUCACUGGGAAGGGCUGUAUGUGGCUUCCCAAGGUUAGCAAGCCGGUGCAGAGCAAAUCAGGCGACUUAUAUUUAGCCUUGCAAAUGGCGCACUAUGGAUUAUGUCUUGGGGCUCUCCAGUUUCGUCUUCAGUGCGUUUUGCUGCGUGAAGGGGGGUUGUGGAUUUGCUAUUCAGGUGAGGAACAGGUCUACUUUAUGCACUCGUUUGACUUCACCUUCUCACUAAACUCCACUUUAUCACAUACAAACAACCCAUCUGGGGAGGAAGGUUGUUUAUGGUCGCUCUUCUUAUCAAACUGGAAGGAUAUUGAGUGAGUCCACAAGACACCACCGAAGAUACUCCCGAGCAGGACUGACAGUUCCCUGGGGGAAAGUGCUGGGAGCCGUUACAAAUAGCAGGAGAGGACGAGCAAAGCCACUGGACAUAUCACAAGUUAUUUCACUGGGCUGUUGAGGUUUGGGAUCAAACAGUGUCAUGGAUGUACUUGCCUUAGAGGCAAAGAAUGUGAAUGGAGCAGAAGCCGAGAAGAAGUCUGCACCGAGGCCAAAGCCGAAAGCCCCGAAAAAGGCUAAAAGGAUUGUUUACUUUGAAGUGGAAAUUGUGGAUUUAAAGACUAAAGAGAAACUACUGCUACUGGACAAGGUGGAGCCAACUGCUACUGUUUUGGAUAUUAAGGCUUUGUUUCAUAAAGCAUAUCCAAAGUGGUAUCCAGCCAGACAAUCCCUGCGUUUGGAUCCAAAGGCCAAGUGUCUCAGGGAUGAAGAAGUUCUCCAGACACUUCCUGUGGGAACCACAGCCAGCUUUUACUUCAGUGACCUCGGACCACAGCUCACAUGGGGAACCGUGUUCCUAACAGAGUGUGCUGGUCCACUGAUCAUCUACUUAAUGUUCUACUUCCGCCUUCCCUUCAUCUACUCUCCAAAAUAUGACUUCACCAGCAGCAAGCACUGGGUCGUACACUUGGCCUGCAUAUGUCACUCCUUCCACUACAUCAAGAGGAUUCUGGAGACGCUGUUUGUCCAUCGUAUCUCCCAUGGGACCAUGCCUCUCAGAAAUAUAUUUAAGAACUGUGGCUAUUACUGGUGCACCGCAGCUUGGAUGGCAUAUUACAUUAACCACCCCCUCUACACCACACCAUAUUAUGGGCAGCAGCAGGUGAACAUAGGUCUUUACAUUUUCUUGUUCUGUCAAGUAGGAAAUUUUUCCAUCCACGUUGCACUUCGUAACCUCAAAUCACCAGGUUCAAAAACCAAGAAGAUUCCUUACCCAACGAAAAAUCCCUUUACAUGGAUAUUUUGGCUGGUCUCCUGUCCGAACUACACAUAUGAAUUGGGCUCCUGGAUUGGCUUCACAGUGAUGACCCAGUGUGUGCCUGUGGCUUUCUUCACUCUCGUGGCCUUCAUCCAGAUGUCUGUGUGGGCUAAAGGCAAACACCGCAGCUACUUAAAGGAGUUCAGAGAUUAUCCCACCCUGCGCUCCUCCAUACUGCCCUUCAUCCUGUAGAGACUGAAAGCAGAAAGCAACACAACGGUCACUCCACACAUCCAGCUCCUCACUGAUUGGGCCUCUUUUUAAGGGCUCCUUCCAUCCAUUUGGAUAUCAGGGAGGCUGUGCUGAGUUUAACAGUGUAGAUGCAUUUUGGUCAUAUGGACUCCAUGUGUCACUUUGAUUCACAGUGAGGAGUGACAGUUGCAGUCGCUCUGAGUGCUGGACUGGUGAACGCAGGACUGUCAGAGGCAAAGGAAGCUACAAAGUCUUACUUCAAUGUUGUAUGUGGUCUAGAAGAAAGAGAAUAUAGAACACUAUGUCCUUUUUAUUUUGCUACAUUUGUGAGUUGUAAAAUAUUCAGUGGAGAGUGCUGUUUAGUUUGUGAGAACAUCAGAUAAUUUUCAUAGCUUUUGGCAGCCUAAUCAGUGAAGUUUCUCUCAGAGUUGGAAUAAACUAGAACGCAGCCCGGAGCUGACAACUUUGUAGUAUUGUGCAGCUCGUGCAGUAUUCCGCUGAUCCUGAGGUGACCUUUACACUGUGGUAGUGCUAUUACUGAGCGUACUGACUGCUAUUCUGUUUCCAUUGAAUGUGCCUUUCACUCAACACUGCAUGGACUGAACCUAAAGAUCCAGUGAGGAACUUUGUGCUGGCAUUCAGUGAGGAGCAGGAAUUUUAACUGAGGUGGAAAGUUUGUUUACAAUAUUUCAACCACUGCACCACGGAAACAAUAGCUUUUUGAUGAACUGUUGAUUCAAGAGUAAUAAACUCUCACAAAACAAAUAA